CUUCAGUUCAGUUGGUGUUAUACUUUGUAUAUAUAACUGAAUGAAUCGCAGAAACACUUGUCAGUUGUGGAUCUGAUGAGGAAGAGAUUCACACGAAUAAGACAUCUGUAAAUUCUGCCAAUAUUUAUAUUUGUAUACGAAAAAAGUGUUACAAUUUUUUGUAACUAAUUUUUUUAAACAAAUAAUAUUUUUAUAAUAAAAUAAACUCUGCAAACAUGAAGAUGUCUAUGACUAUGAAGUAUAUAACAACGUUUUCGCUGUUCUUCUGCUACUUCUUCUACGGAGUUAACUUCUAUGUCGUCGGACCCACUCUUAUUGAACUGUCAGCCCUUUUCGACACCAGUAUUAAGAGUAUAUGUUUCAUAUACACCAUGAGAUCGGCGGGCAUUACCAUCGGUAGUCUAAGCGGCUUUCUCUUCAAUUACAUCAACCGUCAGCUGGCGUUUGUCUUCUUCAUGGCUUUGAUGGGCUUUUCGCUGAUUCUUAUGCCUCACUGUCUCUCACUGUCGCAACUGUUUUCGUUGGGCGCCAUCAAUGGCUUCGCGAUCGGCAGCUUUGACACCGCCAUCAAUGUCUGGCUUCUGGAGAUAUGGGGCACCGAAAGCGGCCCCUAUAUGCAGGCCUUGCACUUCGCAUACGCUUUGGGCUCAUUUGUGGCCCCACUUAUCUGUGAGCCAUUCCUCUCGAGCAAAGUAAUGGUCGGACACCACUUUCAGAAGAUAUCAGAUUUCCAACCACUAGACAAUACCAGUGCCAACGCAUCGAAUGGCAGUCAUCCGGUGCUCCAGUCCUCGGACUUUAUAACCGACGAACAAAUCAGAGCCAAUCCUAUAGUCAUAUUCAUUCCGUACGCAAUGGCCGGUGCGAUGAGUAUCGCCGGCGCCGCCACUGUUCUCAUCCUUUUUAUAUACAAGAAAUACGAACCGCCCGUCAAAGAGGACAACAACUCUCAACACGAGAAUAAAGAUCUCAUAGAAACAAACACAAACUCAUCUAAAUUAAAGGCAUUUAUGGCUAAACAUAUUCCUCCGUUUAACACCGUAUAUAUGGUGACAAUGGGCUCAUUGUUUCUGACAUUCUUCGUGGGUAUGGAACAAAUGCAUCUCCAAUUCCUGCCCACAUUUGCCGUCAAUUCGGACCUCAAUAUGAGUCCCAAAGCGGCGGCUUUGGUCACAUCGGCUGCGGCGGCCGCCUUCACCGUCGGCCGCGGGCUAUCCAUACCUCUGGCAAUAAAACUGAAGCCCGAAGUGAUUCUCUAUGCAAAUCAUAUAAUGAUGGUCGCCGGCACUUUGAUCCUUAUAUUUUGGGCCAACUCUUCGCUGGUGAUGAUGUGGAUGGGAAAUAUAAUACUGGGCGCCGGCUUUUCGUCGGUAUACGCGUCGAUGUAUGCAUUUCUCGAACACCAAUUCCGAGUGACAAACGUGAUCGGCUCAAUAUUUGUGUUCGCCGGUGGACUCACAUGUGCUCUCUCGCCAUCGUUGGUCGGAAAGUACAUCGAAGCCAAUCCUUUGAUAUUGAUUUGGUUUAACUUGAUUUGUGUCACUCUAUGUGUACUCAUAUUUGUUUUAAUACACUUCACUAUUUGUAUGAAUAAUCGCCAAAAGAAAGCAAAGAUCAUUGCAAUCAACGGCGACGAAGAGUGUGUAAAGAAAGUCCUGACAUAAGUACUGUGUGUACAG